GUCCAGUUAACAUCCAGAAAUGCAUGAGCCGAGCAUUCCAGUAAGGUCCAAUCAUAAAGAGGUAUUCAAAUUCAACGUAUUCCGUGGUCGUCAUGGAGACGGAAAAGCUCCGGAUGGGAGGACACCUGGAGGGGCCGGAGGAGAAUCAGGUCUCCCACCUUUUUAAGGAAGUCACGGUCAGCUCUCAGAAGGCCACUAAAGCCGGUUUGGCUGGAAACCACACGUAAGCUGCCUCCCACGGGCUCUAAGACAAUAUUUAGAUUUUACACAGCCCGUACAGUCGCCGCCACAGACAGAGGAGGGGACCUUUGAUUGUUCAGCAGCAACGUGAUAUGAAGAUGAUUUUCCUGAAGACAAGAAGACCCAGUGGUGUGAUCACUGUUGACACAUCUUUUCCCGUCAGUUUGUUAAAAUCAGAGGACCCCAUGGCUGAUGUGAAAGAAACCACAGGGAGCAGCGGGAGUCGGGCGAGUGGCAGGUCAAAGAGCGGUUAUCUGUGGGUCCUAUCAGGGAAACGGCAUCCGGUCCCGUCUCUCUGUGGGCCAAGGAACAGCCGUAAACAGGGCCGACUCGCUCAUACCUCCCUCAGACAACUGCAGGCAAAGAUGGAGACAGAGAACCAGCAGGUGCAAGAACUGCUUCGACCUGUAUUGGUCAGAGAAAAUGGGUUCAUGAAGGAGCUGGAGUCUUUCCUGACACAGAGAGACGUCACAGAGCUGAGGAGGCGGGAGCUCCGACACAAGCGCUGGACUGAGCGAGUUUGGCUUCCCCUUCAGAGGAGAGUGGAGGAACGUGUGUCCAGCCGUAACCUCAUGGAGGCCAAGAGACGGCAAAACGUGUAUGGUCACCUCCUCCGCAGCUGUGACCCUAAGUUGAAAACAGCCGUCUCAGAGAUGUCAGGUCCUCAAUCGCAUGAAAAGACAAAGGAAAAGAGAGCAUCCACCUCAUGUCAAGCAAGAUCUAAAAACACCCGCAGCAAAACACAGGAGCUACCUCAGACUCAUCGCUUUUUCAAUACGGCUGGGAUGUCUCUGGCUGACCAGCUUCCUCAGACCUUACCGGAUCAUCUGUUGCCCGCUCUCUCCCGCAUUCCGGAAAAGGAUGAAGCCAAAUAAACAAAGUCAGGCGAGUGUGUAAAAAAGGCACCGCAAGAACCACGCGUUUCCAGUUUCUAACGUGUAGUCCUUACGUGUGUCAACUCAAGGUUUUAAACGCGUCUCGUUCUGUGAAACAACACCGUACCGUACCCGUUCCUCGUCUACGCCGGAUCACAGAGGCUACUGGUUGCUUCCGACCAAUAGGUUCACAGCAUCAAAAACCUACCAGAGACUACGUCCAAAUAAAACCCAUGCGUGCUGCUUGUCUUCGUGUAUACUUUUGUUUGACUACCUCGGAUCUUCAGGAGCCAAGUACUUGGAAUGUGUUUUUGCUGGCAGAAAAACAACAACACCUAAAUGGCAAAAGUGACAAAAACAAUUUAAUGUACAUAUAUUUGAUUUAUUCUGCCUUACAAUUUUUAAGCGGCACAUUUAAGAUGAAAUCCUGUUGUUACAAAGUCGAAGUCGUGUGCAGCGGCAUGUUGACCCUGCAAGUAUGUGGCGGUGUGGCAGAGCUGCCACUGAACUUUCAUUUCCUCUGUCGGUGAUAAAACAGCAUGGCGUUGAUCAUAAACGUGGAUGAACAAACUGAUCC